AUGUUAAAUUUAAUACCGUAUAGAGCCCCAUCCACGGCUUUUUAUUAUUUUGCGUGGCGUUUGGCUGAAGAAGCAAGAAGGGAAAGACGUGAAUUAAGCGGUAUUUCUCAACGAGUAUUUUUUCGAAGAACCGAAGAUCCCAUGGAUAUAUCGGAAUCUGAAUUUAAAAAAAGGUAUAGAUUGAGCAAAGAGGCAUUUAAAUUUUUAUGCCAAGAACUUCGCUCGAAAACUAACUUGAGGGCGAGUAAAAGAAUAAGUUUAGAGCUUAAGGUUCUUUGUGUCUUGUCGUUCUAUGCAACAGGCUCUUACCAACGCUUAGUCGGUAUGGGUAAGCACUUGGGGCAAACAAGUGUAAGCAAAUGUGUGACCCAAGUUACGGAGGCACUUAACGACCCAAGCAUAACGGAUACAUUUAUCAAGUUUCCCACUUCAAGGACUGAAAGGGACGCGAUAAAACAAAAG